CUCUCACCGCUACCUCGACCUUCUUCCUUGCCCGUCCUCUCGACCUACCCACCUAACUCGCCCAACUCUCUAACCUCAUACAAUGGCACCCAAACCCGCUUCCACUGCCGGCAAGGCCCCUGCUUCUACUGCUUCCAAGGCUCCAGCCAAGUCGACUGAGGGCACCAAGGCCGCGAAGAAGACCUCUAAAACCGCUGCCUCCACCGGGGAGCCUGGCGAGAAGAAGAAGAGGCGCAAGGUCCGCAAGGAGACCUACUCUUCUUACAUCUACAAGGUGCUCAAGCAAGUGCACCCCGAUACUGGUAUCUCCAACAAGGCUAUGGCUAUCCUGAACAGCUUCGUCUCUGAUAUCUUCGAGCGUAUCGCGACCGAGGCUUCCAAGCUUGCCGCAUACUCCAAGAAGUCUACCAUCUCUUCUCGUGAAAUCCAAACCGCUGUCCGCCUCAUCCUCCCUGGUGAACUCUCGAAGCACGCUAUCUCCGAGGGUACCAAGUCUGUCACCAAGUAUUCGAGCGCAGCUGCCAAGUAAAUUGGCUAUGGCUUCGGUUACUUGUUGGUGGUAGUUGCGUUGUGGUCGCAUGCGACGUGGAUUGUUCUGUCUCCCCGAUCUUCUUUCGAUCUGUUUAUUCACUCGGCUUCUACUCGUUUCCUGUUGCCUUUCAUAUGUAUUCUCCCUUGUAUUGUACUCGUAUGAGAUCUAUAUCCAGUCUCUACCUUUUAGUCUUUGGGCCGCACUAGCCUCUGCUGAUCUCACAAC